AUGCUUGGUGGUGAAUUCUCUCGUACACCUGCCCAAAAGGGGCCUGAGACUGCACCGCAGGAUGACAAGUUUGUCCUGGGUCGCUUCUCCAUCGACGAAUACAAACCAAUCAAGGUGAUCGUUAUCGGAGCUGGGUUCAGUGGUAUCCUAGCCGGUAUUCGUUUCCCGCAGAAGAUACCCAACGUCGACCUAGUCAUCUACGAGAAGAGCGCUGGAGUGGGUGGCACAUGGUACAACAACAGAUACCCAGGUAUCGCUUGUGACUUCCCAGCACACUGCUAUCAAUUCUCCUUUGAGGAUAAGCGCGACUGGACCUCCCUUUACCCCCCCGGACAUGAGACACAAGAGCACCUCCAGGACAUCGUUGACAGAUACAAGCUCAUGCGCUACAUCAAGCUCAAUCACGAGGUCGCCCACGCUCGAUACGACGAGUCAACAGGAAAGUGGCACGUCCGUAUACACCGAACAGGCGCGGGGGGAGAAAACGGACCCGCAUCAGACGAAUUCGAAGACGUCGCAGAUGUACUGGUCACGGCGUUCGGUGCCUUAACCCGCUGGAAGAUGCCCGACAUCCCCGGCAUUGACGCCUUCAAAGGCGAGCUGCACCAUACGGCUGGGUAUAAACCCUCGGGAAAGACGUGGGAGGAUGACUUGGACCGGUGGAGGGACAAGCGCGUAGGCGUAGUUGGUUCGGGCUCGACGGCUAUUCAAACGGUUUCGGCACUUGCACCUCAUGUCAAGGAGCUCUCGAACUAUGUUAGGGGACAGACAUGGCUGUCUCCUCCCUUCGUUUUGGACCAAGUGGCUCAGUUGCUGGGACGCAAGAAGGCGGUCGGGGAAAACGAACUUAUGUUAAGCUCGGAGGAAAUAGCACGGUUCCAGUCAGACGACGAGUUCUUCCGUACAGUCCGGCACACGCUCGAGGACGCGCUGAACUCGAUGCAUGCUUAUACGCAGCUUGGAAGUAAGACGUCCAAUCACUUCCAGGAAAUGUUUAGGAAGAACAUGAAGGAACAGUUAGCCGCGAAACCAGACGUCGCUGAGAAAUUGAUUCCGGGAUUUCCGGUAUCUUGUCGACGGCUGACACCGGGUCCCGGAUACCUUGAAGCCCUUUGCGCGGAUCACGUUGACUUCGUCUCGAGUCCCAUCAAACAGUUCACUGCGACGGGUAUCGAGACUGAAGAUGGAAAGCACAAGGAUCUCGAUCUCAUCUUUUGCGCCACCGGCUACGACACAUCAUGGCAGCUUCCCUUCAAGAUCAUCGGGCGAAACGGCGUCGACUUGAAUGAGAAGUGGGAGCCGUAUCCAAAGACAUACUUGUCGGUGGCUGUUGACGGCUUUCCGAACAUGUUCAUGUCCCUUGGACCGAAUUCGGGCAUCGGCGUGGGGACUCUGCUUCCGAUAAUAGAGCAAGCGGUCAUGUAUGCAGUACAGGCGACCGCGAAGAUCCAGCGCGAGCGUCUGAAGAGUAUGGAGGCCAAGCCAAAGGCUGUGAAGGAUUUUGACAGGUACAUUGAGAGUUACUUCCCUCAGACCGUGUUCAGCGCCAAUUGCCGCUCGUGGUACAAGCUCGGCAAGGCAGAAGGACGGGUGGUGGGACUAUGGCCUGGUUCGAACUUACACGCAACGAGGGCAUUGCAACAUCCGAGGUGGGAGGAUUAUGAGUACGAAUAUGCUGAUUCCGAGGACAACUUGCUAUACUGGCUUGAGGACGGUCAGACGUGGGCCGAGAAAAGUCAGCAGGGAGACAGGGCAUGGUACUUGCGCGAGGAGUUCAUUGAUCGACCACCCGUUCCUCAAGAUGUGUAA